CUCACACUCUUUUCAGAUACCUGCUACCAAUAAAUGGAUAUUCCAAAGUGGAGGAGUGAGGACUAUUAUUUCGAUCAAUAGUUAAUUGAAGAUCUGUGAUGAUUGCUUGAGAUUUCAGAUUUCGAGCUUGUGGUUUGAACAUAAAGAUGGAGAUUAGUAGCAUCAAAGAUGCAUUUGACCGUGUGGCUAAGAAGCAAAAGUUAUGUUCUUCCAAGUCUGAAGAAACUGUUGACCAGGUAGGGCGUGAAAUUGAGCAGGCGUUGGCAACACUUAAGUCCCCUCAUGAUCCCUCAACUCCAACUGACCAGAAAUCUGUUCUUACAGAACUUAAGUCAAAGCUCAAUGCUAUUGGGUCACUUCAACAGUUAGAAGGACCGAAUAAGGAAUUGAACUCAAGUCUUGCAAAGUAUCAAAAACUUCUUGAAAAAUUGUUAAACCCUGACAUCUCAAAGGCAUACAGAAAUGUGGAAUUUGAUGCUCAUAUUAUCAAUCAGAUCAUUGCAAGCCACUUUUACCGUCAAGGUUUAUUUGAUCUUGGAGACAGCAUCAUAAAUGAGGCCGGAGAGCCUAAUGCAACUGCACUUAGAUCUCAAUUCUUGGAAAUGCACCAGGUUAUUGAAGCCAUGAGGAAUAGAAACCUUCAGCCUGCUCUCACAUGGGUCACUGCUAAUCGUGAAAAACUUGUCCAGAUUGGUUCCAAUCUUGAACUUAAGGUUCACACACUGCAGUAUGUAGAGAUUGUGCAAAAUGGAACACGAGCUGAUGCCCUAAAGUAUUCCCAAAUUUAUCUUCGUCGUUUUGCUGAUCUCUACAAGGAUGACUUCCAAAAGCUUAUGGGUUGCCUCUUGUAUGUAAGAAGGCUGGAGAAAUCCCCUUAUGCUGAGUUGCUGUCCCCAUCUCAUUGGGAGGUGACAACUGAAGAGCUGGCACGACAGUUCUGUUCUCUUAUGGGACAGUCCUAUGAGAACCCACUGAAUGUGGUAUUUACAGCUGGAGUUGAAGGGUUGCCCACACUGUUAAAGUUGGCAAAUGUAAUGGCGGCAAAGAAGCAGGAAUGGCAAGAAAUGAAACAGUUGCCAGUGCCUGUAGAAUUGGGAAAGGAAUUUCAGUUUCAUUCAAUUUUUGUUUGCCCUGUGAGUAGGGAUCAAGGUAGCGAAGAGAAUCCUCCAAUGCUGCUGCCAUGUUUACAUGUCCUUUGCAAGCAAUCAAUUAUGAAGUUAUCAAAAAAUAGCACAAGAACAUUCAAGUGUCCAUAUUGUCCGGCGGAAGCUACAGUUGCACACUGCAGACAAGUGUAUUUCUGAUGAAGUUUGUGCAUUUAUUAUCUCUCAUAUAUUUUAUUGGUGGAGUCAGCAUUCAUAGCUUUCUGGUUGUAUAUAGAUAUUCUAAAAUGAUCUUUUGCAUUUGACAAGACCAGUGACUAAGUGAAUAAAAAUUAAAAGAACCUGUUGAUAACUUGGAGCUCUUAUAAUGAUUUCAUCUCCAUGACUAAAGUGGAUUCUCCAAUUUUACCUACAA